GAAAAGAAAAAAAAACUAACUGUCAUCAUGGCGGUCAAUACACAGCUUCAUAUGGCUAACAAUGAAAAUAAUAAAAAGACAGAAAGAUCACCUAGACCGUUGUUUCCAAAGAGAGAAGAUUGUUCACAUGUGUCAUGUUACUGUGAAGAAAACGUGUGGAAACUGUGCCAAGAUGCGGCAUUAAGAGUUCCAGAGGAAAUGGACAGAUGUUUUAUUGUUUUUAUUUCGAACCCACAUCGUACUGUACCACUUUGGAAACAAAGAGCUGGGCGUGAGGAUGACCGUCUCGUCAUAUGGGACUAUCAUGUGAUAUUUAUGUACUCCUGGGACUCCAAGACCUGCCUUGUCUACGAUUUGGACUCAGAGUUGCCUUUUCCUACAUUUUUCCAUAAAUAUGUUACAGAGACUUUUCGAACAGACCAAGUUUUAAAAUCUGAUUUUCACAGAUUCUUUCGUGUAGUGCCUGCUAAGCAGUUUUUACAAAAUUUUGCCUCAGAUCGUCGUCACAUGAAAAGGCCUGAUGGCUCAUGGAUCAAACCACCACCUUCUUACCCCGCCAUAUAUACCAUAAGUUCAACUCACAAUUUAGAUGAAUACAUAAAUAUGGACUUCUCAGUGGGUCCAGGGCAGGUGCAUAAUCUGACAGAUUUUGUCCAGAGAUUCUACAAGAUAAAUAAGUAGUAUAAAAUACAAUUCCUUAGAUAGUGAAAUGUUAUUUUAAAUUUUGUUUCAUGAUCCUUAAUGGUUUAUGACUUUAGUUGAUUAUGUUAUAAUAAUCUUUGUUAUGUAGUUAUUUUGUGUUGUUUUGUUAAUUAUUUUACAUAAUUGGUGUUUUAUAAUUUUUAGACAUAAACAUUUAUUUUCCCGUACAACUGACAAGUUUUUCU